ACGUCAUCUCUCCGCGCCCGGCGCUUUCCGUCACGGCGGGGCCCGGCGGCGUCUCCUCGGAGCCGCCAUGUCCUUGUGGCUGGCCAAGCUCGGCCCGGCGGCCGUUCGGGGCCGUCUGGGGAGAACCGUGGUGCCGGCGGCAAGAAUUCAUGUCAGCUCUGAGCAGAAUUUGCAGUAUGGUUGGCUGGCUUACAUGUUGGGAGACAGAGCUACAAGAAAGUUCACUGAAUAUAGCAAAAUCUUUACAGUGGAUGGAAACUUAUCUUCAGGGAAAGGCAAGCUUGCACAAAAAAUAGCAGAAAAACUAGGAAUGAAAUAUUUCCCAGAAGCAGACAUCCAUUACCUAGACAGAAUCACAGGAGAUGGAACGUUGCUGCCUGAGAAAUUUAAUGGUUUCUGUAACCUGGAGAGAUUUUACAAUGAUCCAAAAUGCCCUGACGGACACUCUUAUCGGCUGCAAGCUUGGCUGUUUGGUAACCGCGUUUUACAGUAUGCUGAUGCGUUGGAGCAUCUGCUGACCACAGGACAAGGUGUGGUGAUGGAGCGCUCUCCCUACAGUGACUUUGUCUUUCUGAAUGCAAUGUUUAACCAAGGCUAUAUCCACAAGCGAUGUAUUGAUCACUACAAGGAGAUCAAAGAGGUCAGUGUUUGUGAAUUCCUGCCACCUCACUUGGCCAUUUAUAUAGAUGUACCCGUCCCGGAGGUGCAGAAGAGGAUUCAGGAGAAAGGCAAGCCAUAUGAAAAAAAGGUGUCCCCUUUGUAUCUCCAGGACAUCGAGGAUGCUUACAAGAAAACCUUCUUACCAGAGAUCAGUGAGACCAGUGAAGUUCUGCAGUACACAGCAACUGAGGCAGAGGAUGUGGAGAAGGUGGUCGAAGACAUAGAGUACCUGAAGUUUGACAAGGGGCCAUGGCUGGAGCAGGAUGAUGUUUCUUUCCAUCAUUUGAGACUUUAGGGUGAAGAUAGAUGCCACCCAACACUGCUCUCCUGCGAUCUAAGAGAAGCAUGUCAUGAUUCGGGUGCCCUUCAAGUAUCUAAGAGGUUUCUUCAUGUAGUAAUUAAAGGAUAGCAUCUGGUGACUUAGACCCUGCAAAAGUAUCAAAAUCAGAUUUCCUCUGAAAGGGAAAAUACAGUUAAGUUUCUUGUUUUCCUAUAGCUUCAAACUAGUACAGGUAUUAAAGAAUUAUUAAUUGCAGAGCGUAGGAGGGAGUUAAAGGAAAGCAUACAAUUAAAGAGCAGUGUAUUAAGAUAAUGUAUGAAAAUUCUACUUCGCAGCUGUAGAAGGGAAUGAAUUGUGUUGUGAAGGACUCAAUUUUUCAUUGAACCCUGGGGAAGGUUCAAGAGGGUCUCCUGUAUGAAGCUCUUAUUGUAGAUAAUAUGAAAUUAUUUUUCUGUGGGCUGUUAAGAUCUUACAUUGCAACAAACUGCUAAUUUAAAUGUUCUUAAGGUUUGAGUUUUGCUGUUUCCCCUCGCCUUCAGAAUAGCAUUGUCAAGAUAGCAUUCAUGUUCGGACAUCUGAUGAACAUGCUUGGUGUUUGCUUUCAGCCUUCAUUUGGCACUGGGCCAGUCGGGCAUUGAUUAACUGUGUAACAACAGAUCCCGUGCCAAUUCUGUGCCCACACCUUGUUCAUCUAACCAGGAAAUAGUGGGCAAUAUGUUGGGGCAGUUUGGGUAUGGAAGAGCACCUUUAUAACUCAUUUAUGAAAAUGUAUAGGUUUGGACCUCAUUAUUUCUCGUGCUAACUCCAGAAAUGCAGGACAGAUAUGAGUCUCCCGUCACAGUUUGUACAAACUUCACUCGUGAAAACAUGUCAGGCCCGGUGCCAGACGGGGAACAGAUGUGUAAGGACCAAACAAACACUGCAGGGAGUCUGCUGCAUGGCUUCAGUGUUGGAAUUGCAUCCCGGAGCAUCGAAUGGCAAUGUCAGGUGCUAGUUCGUGAAUGUAAAAGCUGAUGCUUUCCUCACUUUUUUUUUUUCCCUAAUGCCCAAGAGAUAUUGUGGUACCCAGCCUUCUGCAGACUUGCAAAUGUCCUGUACCUGUGUUAAUUUUUCCUGUUGGAAAGUGGUUUUUAGCAUGUUGCUGGUGGGCUGCCUGUUCUGUCUGCUGGCACGUGCUGCCCUCUCGUGGGUGUUUCUGGAAGGCUGUGGCAGGUAUUUGGCAGGUUUUUUCCAUCUGCAAUUCCUUCUUUCAAUGACCUCCUGGCUUUUUGCACAGCCCAUAAUCCUGCUCCAGUGGCUUGGCUGGUGGUGGUUUCACCUCUUCCACCUUCAGCGUGUUACCAGCAUGUCUUGGGGGAAGGGGAUCCAUGGGCAGGGGUAAAGAUAAGUUUUUUUCAUUGCGUGUAUGUAGGGUCUAAUGCACAGAAAUGCCGGCAGGGCCUCCGUUUCCUUUGGUAAUGCAAAUAAGUAAGUUAAUCAAACCAGUGAGGCACACCCAUAUAAAAUCAGUUGCAUAAUUCUACCUUUUAUCUCCCCGCCUUGCCCUCAAGUUCUCUCUCCUUUGCCCUAAUAGAGACUAGCGUGGUUGUGGAACUGAGGCAUGUCUUGGUAAAAGGUUAAAAACAUAUAUAUAUGUGUGUAUGUGAGCCAGAGGAUGUUUUCCACAUAUUUCCUUCCUCUCCAAGCGCUGUGUCCAACAGAAACCAUUCUGCUGGCUUUUUGAAAUGUCUCAGGGAGUUCUUCUGUUGCCACUGCACUGUCUCAAGCUUGUUUUUAACUGUGCCCUUCCCAAUGAAAUUGUGUGACUGUCUACCUGCAUUGCAAAAUAAAUGAUGUUUUGGAAAGAA